CAAAUUGCAAUCGUGUUGCAAUCGGUAAUUUCGAGAAAUCGGUAUCACGGUAUCCUUCAUGCUCUGUAUAGUCUGUAUUUGAAUUAUUUACUGCAAUAGACGUCAAAAAAUUAUUGGAAUCAUUGUUAUCGUUUUGUUAUUUGUUAUUUGUAAUCCUUUUGCGACGAGAGUGUCGAAUGUUAUCUCGUGUAAAAUGGCUAAUACUGAAAUAAUGUGCAGUGAUUGUAAUACUAUAGUAAACAUUGGAGAAGAACACGAAUGUAACAUAGGAGAUAACAAUGUUUACGAUGAUUAUAACGAAAGGUUAAUUGCAGAAGUCUUUGUAAGGGAAGGCUUAUGGAAUUCCAAAUUGCCUUACAACUUUAGAGGUCCAGCACAUUUGAAAACAUUAUGGUGUGAAGUUGAUACUUGCUUAGGAACACCUGCUAGAAGUAGCCAAAUAAAAUGGAAAAGUUUAAGGGAUCGCUUUGUCAGGGAACAUUCUUCCGUAACAACUUAUAUACCAAGUGGCAGUGGAGCUAUGAAAAAAAAGAGCAAUUGGCCAUUAUAUAACACCUUACGUUUUCUAAUUCCAACAGUGAAUUAUAGAAAAACUAUAAGUAAUCUGGAAAACAUAAAUCCAGAUUUUCAGUCUGAAAGUGAUACACAGUUAUCACUUUCAAAUGAAUCUAGUCUCGCUGGUACCUCUAAUAAUAAUACAUAUAUAAGAAAAAAAAUAAACAUCGCUCAGCAAGUACAAACAAAACGAAGUUUGUGUUUGUUGAGUGGCCUCACAAGUCUCUCUUAUUAUUGUUAUUGUACUUCUACCAAUUCGAUAGUUUAAUGCAAUCGAGUUAAGCCCAUCUCCACUUGCUAAGUAACUAAAAAAUAUAUAAUAUUGUUAAUUUAAUGUUUACAAAUGUUUGUAAGUUUAUCAUUGUCAAAUUAAAAAAUUUUAUAAAUUGUA